AAUGUUCUCCGUAUACCGUAACCGGACAUCCGGAUUCAGGAUUCCCAGCCCACUUGUCCAGCGCCGCUUCUACUCGGGUUGAGAACGAAAAAGGCAAGACAGCACAGACACAGCAUGGCUCACAGGCCGGCCGAGUCGACUCACCAGCGCCUCUUUGAGUUCUCUCGAACUGCUCUAAUCAAGAUUUUCCUCUCUCCUUACGCCUCUGUGUGUGAUUUGUACUGCGGCGGAGUGCCAGAUGAGAGCAAGUGGGACGAAGCCCAAAUUGGUCACUACAUUGGAAUUGAUGUUGCGCAAUCUGGAGUAAGUCAAGUUCGAGAAGCAUGGGAAAGUCAGCGAAAGGCUUACACUUCUAAGUUCUUUGAGCUUGAUCCCUGCAUUGAGGAUAUAGAACCAUACUUGCAGGAGAAGGGCAAUAUGGCUGACAUAGUUUGCUGUAUGCAGCAUUUGCAGUUCUGUUUUGAAACUGAAGAGAAAGGAAGGAUGCUUUUACAUAAUGUGGCAUCAUUGCUAAAACCUGGGGGUUAUUUCUUUGGUAUUUGUCCAGACUCCUCUACUAUAUGGGCAAAGUACCAGAAGAAUGUUGAAGCAUAUCACAACAAGAGCAGUAGCAUGAAACCUGGCCUCGUCCCAAAUUGCAUUAGAUCUGAGAGCUACAUGAUCACUUUUGAAGUCGAGGAAGAGAAGUUCCCAUUUUUUGGGAAGAAAUAUCAGUUGAAAUUUGCUGGAGAUAGUUCUGCUGAAACACAUUGCUUGGUUCAUUUCCCAAGUUUGCUCAGGUUGGCUAGGGAGGCUGGUCUUGAGUAUAUGGAGAUACAAAAUUUAACUGACUUUUACGAUGACAACAGAGCACCAUUUGCAGGCAUGCUACUUGAUGCUGCUCCAAAUCUCGUGGAUCCAAGAGGAAGACUACUGCCUAGAUCAUAUGAUGUCUUAGGUCUCUAUACCACAUUUGUAUUUCAAAAACCUGACCCAGAUGUUGCUCCUCCUUUGAUGACUCCUUUUGUUCAACCUGGAUGUCACAAGUAUGAUGAGAGAGAGUGGCAAGCUGGUACCAGUUGGAGGGAUAACGAGAAGAAUGGACAAGCAGAACCAUCGACAAGUCUGGCGAAGAUUACUGAGCAGAAGGGGAUUUUAGGCCCAGGACCUGCGGAAUUGCGAUUUUCAGAAGCUAUGUAACCUGGCUGUGGCUUGAAGCCACUUGGUGAAGAGCCUAGAGGUGAACAUACCCCAUCGUUGGUUUUGAAGACUAAUCCUGCUGUUUAUGUGUAGUUGUACAAUGGGGGUAAGAAGGCUAACAUAGUGUUAACUCGAAUAUGGAUCUGGAGUAAAGCUGCGGACUUUUCCCCCUUCUUGUAAAUGUAGCUAUUAAAUUAGCAAAGAAACAAAUGGCAUGGUUUGAAGAAACAAAGCUGCAAAUGAAGCCUUGGUUCGACCGCAAGGCAGAGGUCCUACAAUCCUCAAGUUCAAAAGUUUAAUUCUUGUUAUAUGCAGAAUUUUCGUAAGAUUUUUCUCCUACUUGUUAGCUUUCAUUUGAUUCGAACUUAAUGUACUUAGUAGUAAGCAUUGCACAAAAAUAUUGUUGGAAUACUUUUUACAAAAAUAUUGAAGCUUUCAGA